AAUACGUCUGUCAUUCACGACCAAUUUAUUUUCGUGUUUUAUAAUUAAUUUUGUUUGCUAUAUAUUUAGAUUUGCAUGUAAAUUUUUGUUAUUUCGCUAAUAGUGUUAGCAUAAAAGAUAAUAGAAAAAACAUGAACCGCUUUUGUUCACGAUCGUCGACGUAACGUUAAUUUGUUUCGUCGUUGUGUGAUCGUGUCUUGUGAUUCGAACGUUUCCGUGAAGUGCAAUGUGGUGCAGAUAGCUUGGUCUUAUAGUGUGUGAAAUGUCACAACAUGGAUGCCCUGAGAGACUUUCGAGUAGAUCGAAGGGAUUCCAGGAAGAAGGUGGUCAGGCCACGAUGGAGGUGCUGGUGGAGACGCUCACGGGUACUGCUUUUGAAAUGACCGUGUCACCAUCGGACACCGUGUUCGCGAUAAAGUCGAAGAUAUUUAGAGUAGAAGGUAUUCCCGUAUCACAACAGCACCUUGUCUACAAUCUAAAGGAGUUGGAGAACUGGUCGUCACUCGGCGAGCACGCCAUCGGGGCCGGAGCGAGAUUGCGCCUCGUGCUGGGCAUGAGGGGAGGCCCCGUCGCGACCAGGAGGCUGCCCCCUCCGGAGCCAUGGAGGGACAUUGAGAGAAUGCUCGAUACUGACAGAGACGAAGGAGCAAGUUCAAGUCGCGAAGGUGGCUGUAAGAUGACGGUGCUGGUGUUCCGAGACGGUGAGCGCGUGAGCAUGCUCAGCGUCAGAGAGAACCGCGACGGAACGUAUUCGCCGCUGGACCACAACAAGUGUCCACGAGUGAGCGAGGUCAGUCACCUGCCGGAUAAGGAGUACAGUUUAGUGGAGGGUCCGUGUCGGGGCGCGCUGCACGACAACGCGGUGACGAUGGGCAAGAUGAUGGAUCUGCGGCGCAGGAUGGAGACCCUCACGCUGACGCGGCCGCAGCUGGCGGCCAGGAACGAUAAAGCGGACAUACAAAAGACUCGAAGCGAAGAGACGCUGUCCCGACAGUACGAGACGCAGCCGGACACGUUCACGCCGACCUACGACGGAGCCUACACUGGAUACGAAUACGAACCUAAUUUCCCCGAAAGAGGCGUGCUGGGCGCGUGGCUGUCGUCGUCCACGUCGCGGCUGGAGACGCUGGGCGCGCUGCCGGCGCUGAGCCGCCACGCCAACCGCGAGCACCUGCACCUCAGCGACGACCUGCUGCACCGCCCGCCGCCCGACAAGAAGCCGCCCCGCCUGCGCUGCGCCUUCUGCAAGAAGCGCCUCAGCAUCGCCACCGUGCACAAGUGCCGCUGCGGGGCCAGCUUCUGCGCGCCGCACAGAUACGCAGAGGUCCACGGCUGCGCUUACGACUACAAGGCGCGGCCCCACCCCGGCCUGGGCACCGCGCUGCUCGCGCCCAAGCUGCCCAAGAUAUAGUACAGUCCAGCUCUACAUACAGACGGUCCAAUUUUUAGUCUUACGCAUAUUGAUAGUUCGAAAGUACAGGUUCGCUGCGGCCGUGUCGCCGGAGAGUGACGCGAGACGAUAGGCGAAGCUGACAACGGAACAAUAGAUAAUUGUUAUCUAUAUUGUAAUCUCGUUUUUACACAACAAUAUACUGUAAAUCUAAAUGAAUUAAGAUUCAAAUUUCAAUAACACUUAGAUUUUUCAUUGUUCAAAGAAUUUUCAGUUUAAAAUAAAAGUGUAAUCCUUUCUUACACCAUUAAAAAAAAUUAGCCUCCUCUCUUUGGGACACCUUUGUUAAAUUUAUUAUAUAAUCUGGUGAAUUUUUUUUUUAAAUUACGAACUACUCGUUGGUACCUACGCCGUGAAGGAAUCCACAAUGAGACUUCCGCUUUCGAAUUUCGAAAUUCGAAACCACGUCCGUCCCGCUCUCGCACGUGGCGCUGACACUCAGCGAGAGAGAGCAGGACACACGAUAUUUUUAUUACGCAUUUGUAAUGAAGCGUUUUAGCUAAAUGCUUAAAAGAUUAUAUAGACUAGGAGUUGAGACCGUCCUUUGUAACGUUAUGUAGAUGAGACGUGAUACUGACGUCACAUGAAUAUUGUUUCGGGGCGAGUGUUGCGAAACUUGUCCGUUGAAAUAUCUAUAUGCAAUUUUCAUUAACAGUGCUGUCUGUUUGUCGUGUAACAAGAUGAGGUAUUUGAUAUUUUUUAAGGAUAUCUGCCGCCUGUUACACCAAUCAAUUGGAUUUAUUUCGACCUCAAGUUCGACCACUCGCACCUCAAGCAAGGUUCACGUUUCGCCUGUAUCGCUCUAUAUACAAUUUUACGAAGAAAAAAUAAUCGUAUGUUAUUGAUGAAUGUUAUUAGAAAUCGUUUUUUUUUUUAUGAUAAAAAUCGAUUUUUGUAAUAAAAAUGUAAAAAAAAAAAUUCGCACGUCUCGAUAGAAAAAUUCACGGUUUUCUCGGUGUUGUUACUGAUUUUUUUAACUAUUUUUUUUUGUGUUAAAUUUCGAAAUGAUUAAUUCAUACACGAUGAUAAGAAGAUUAUACUAAUACUAUUAUUAUAAUAAUUAUAAUUGUAAAUAUGAAAUGGUUAUUGUGCGUUGUAUGCGGGGAAUGAGAUUAUCCAAAACAGAACGAAGUAUUUUUGCGUGGUUCUGUUUUGUUUAAACACAUUUUUCUUUUGUGAUAAAAUUGUUAUCUAUGC